UCAAACAUCCAUCAGUCACGGGUCAGACGUCCUACCGACCGUAUUGGUUUGGAAAAGUGAACCUUUCGCUUGUUUUUUUUUCACAAACUGUCGCCGGCUACUAGAUUUAUUUUUUAACCAUCAUCAUCUCCACCAGCACCACCAACUCCACCACUUUCGUCGUGGUGAACGCUCUUCGCCGGCCGUCGGUCGUCGUCGUGUGCAUGUUUUGAUCGAGUGUUUCGGUUUUCUUCCCGUUCCGUUUUAACAGCCUCACAGCUGUGAUUGGUUGGCCUUCUCAAUUGACUUGUUUUUUCUGGUUGUUUAUCAUGCGUGACGUCCACCAGCUCGCUGUUUCUGGUGCCAUCGUAGAGAGGCCGUAGAAAUUUACGCAAAACAGCAAUAAACAAGAGUGAUUUUCGUACACAACUUUCUUCACCACCAGCUUCGUCCUGAGGCUAAUUCCGGAAUCCGGCUUGAGGAUUACUAUGAUUUGGUUUGAUGGUGAUCCGUCCGUGCUUGUCAGUGCUUGUGCCAGGGCUACGUAGAACGAUUGGUAAUAAUGACCUACCCCGCGAAAGUGGACACGUAAUUUUAAUCAAGAAGUGUGUUGGUUGCGGUAUGCCUCUAAAAUUGUACGAUGUGUGUGCGUGUUUACUGCCGACUAGCUUCCCCUGCCCGUGGGAUGCUGUUCCUCUCCCCUCAAGUCCUGUUGAUAAUUGAAUGAAAAAAACGCGCACGUUUGAAAAACAUUGAAUGUGUGUGCAAGAGAGAGAGAGAGUGAGAUCGAAAAAAGAGCGAAAUAGAGAAGAAGAGAGCCGAAUAAGCAAAUAAAAUAGUGCGGCUCAAUCGUACAAUGAAACCUAGCAUAUCGCUAAUCAUUAGAAGAUUCAAGCGCAACCGUAUCAGAACCGUUCAGCACCAAAUAGUCGCCAUCGUGAUAAACAACCACUUGCCGGUGAAAGUGCCAUAAGUACGUUAAAUGUGUGUCGGAAGUUCAGUUCGAUAGAGUCCAAUAACAAAAACAAAGCCAUGAGAUACUUCAGUGAUCGAAAGCAUCCCUCGAGUGCCGAGGAAGGAAGUGACGGUGAGCGGCCACAUUCGCCGAAUCGACAGCGCCAGCAACCGUACGUCGGGAAGAAUCGGUUGCUGCAAAGUUCCCAGUGGAGUAAAAGUUACGAUUCGGUGAUAAAUUACUGGAACACCAGUGAGCUUGGUGGACGCUGUCGUCCCGGUGCCGGCUAUAGUUCCCAGCAUCAGUACCAACAACAACAACAGCAUUGUUCACCACCUCAAACCAAAGGAUAUGGUAAACCGUCAGGACCGCCAAACGAUACAUCGAGUUACAAUGACAAGGUGAAACUCAACGUCAGUCCAAGUGCAACCCUUGCCUCCAAGCUCCACAGAAAAGUAUUACGGGUGCCAUCGAAGCGCAUUCCCGGAAAAGUGCACCCGGGCAAGCUUGCGUCGGUGGCCAGCAAACUGGCGGCCGCCAAGCAACGUCUACACCAACAGCAGCAGCAGCAGCAACAACAACAAACCCAACAGCAGCAGCAUCAGUUCAAUCUUCAGCAGCUUCCAUUGCAACGUCCUUCUGCAGCAGCCCCCAGCGUCAACAACUGUGAUAACUCCAACGACUCCGGUCUUGGAUUCGACCGUAGUCUCGAUAGUGCCCUCGGUGCUCAAUUCCAAAACCAUACGAGUCAUAGCGCCUCGUCAACGGCAACGGUUGGUGGCAGUGGCACCAUCGGGCGGUCAAUUCAUCACAACAGCGCACCGGAAGAUGAGGGCAUCGAAAAUGAAUCCGGACUUAGAAAUCGGUCAGCAACGAUCGGUGCCGGCAGGGGAUCACGUGGCGGAAAGCCAGCAACGCUGUACAGUCGCCGGACCACAACCCGAUCGGUUGGCAGUAGUCGCAGUAGCAGUGCUGCCAGCAGUAAAUCUCUCAAGCGAAGCCACCUGGAACUGGACGAUGCGGUGGCCUGUUCUGGCGAUCUGUUCAUACUAACGACCGGUACCGGUACCGGCGUGGUCAAACUACCCGAUACUACCCCGGUGGUUAAGCUGAACGAGGGAAAAGUCAAACCGGCGGUUCUUCGUACGGUGGCAGCUCCGAAGAAAAUCAUCAUCCCCAUGACGGGAAAAUCACCCAGUGCGGGAGGCGGGAAACGGACGGUCACCAUUGCACCAUUAUCGUCCAACAACAAAGCACCGUUAUCAUCAUCUGCAUCAACAUCAAUCCCCUCCCAUUCCUCCUUGUCGUCAGCACCACAAUCAUCAUCAUCAUCAUCAACUCCGUCAUUAUCCGUCACGGUAGCUAAUGCGACAUCGACGACAGCAAUAACAACAAGAGCAUCACCGGUGACGGCGAAAGUGAUGACCUCAUCGUUAGCUCGUCCGAUCAACCGAUUACCGGGCAAGCGGCCACCCCUGCUGACAUCGUCUUCGUCCCUCGGUACGGGCGGUGGAGCGUUCAGCAAUUCCGGCGUAGUGACCCUUCAAUCGCAACUGGGGUGCUCGUCCCGGGAUGGCAAAAUUCAGUUACAAAUCCUAACCCAACCGGAGCAGCAACACCGGGCACGCUAUCAGACCGAGGGCUCCCGGGGUGCCGUGAAGGAUCGCAGUGGUAAUGGGUUCCCAGUGGUGCGGCUGGUAGGCCACACGAAACCCACCGUACUGCAGGUGUUCAUCGGUACCGAUGUGGGUCGUGUAGCGCCGCAUAUGUUCUACCAAGCCUGUAAGGUGUCCGGGAAAAAUUCAACCCCCUGCAUGGAGCGAAAGCUCGAGGGUACCAUGGUCAUCGAAGUGGACCUGAAACCGGAGAACGAUAUGACCGUUACGUGCGACUGUGUUGGAAUCCUCAAAGAGCGCAAUGUGGACGUGGAACAUCGAUUUCCGGACCAGAGUGGGCCUCGGGCCAAAAAGAAAUCAACGCGCUGUCGAAUGGUGUUCCGCUCCAUGAUCAAGCAUGACGAUGGCAGCGUUGAGACGUUGCAAGUUUGCUCCCAACAGAUCGUUUGCACUCAACCGCCAGGCGUGCCAGAAAUCUGCAAGAAAUCUUUGGUCUCUUGUCCAGCCGAGGGAGGUCUCGAACUGUUCAUUAUCGGUAAAAAUUUUCUGAAAGACACCAAAGUAGUGUUCCAGCGACGUAAAGCCCCCCUGGGGGUGAACUCCGUAUCGAUCAGUGUGAUUCCAUGGGAGCAAACGGUCAUCCCGGACAAGGAGUAUCUGCAGCAGACUCAUCUCAUCUGCACCGUGCCGCCGUAUGUCCGGCAGGACAUACUGGAACCUGUUGUAGUACAAAUUUUUAUCGUUUCCGCUGGUAAGAAGAGCGAGACGCACAACUUUACCUUCACCCCGAAGAAUGCUCACACGGCCCUGACGGCGGCCACGACGACGGCGCUCCCCGCCGGGGGCAGCUUCUUUGGACCACUGAGCGGUGGAGAGACGAUCGGUGGUGCCGAUUCGAAUGGCGGUGGCAGUCCUGCCGGAGCGGGUAAUACUACCGGAGCCACCGGUUUCGCUUCUCUAAACUCUAGCUUUGGUAGCAACCCUAGCGAAGAUACUAUAGCGACUAACGAUGCCGGUCCCAAGAAGCCGUCACUGUUUCUGUGGGGUUCUCAGCUAACUGCGGCACAGGACGAGCUGGACACUGGAAUGAUGCCACCACCGGUGAACGUACUACCGAUGGGAGGCGGCAACGGGCGAAGGUCGUCACUGUUGGGCGAACAGCUGAGCAUGUCAUCGCCACCCAAUUUCAAGGCUGAACUCAUCGACGAGAAUAGUCGUAGUCCGCACAACGAGGACUCACUCGAACGGUUUCCGGACUCGACCGAUAACUCGAUCGAUAACAGUCACAUUCUUUAUCGGCGGCGAAGCGUUCGGCAGCCGAGUAUGGAUCUGAUGGAGGAUAGCUCCAGCAUGUCUAUGUUGAUCAACGAAAACAGUGCAAUGGAUGUCGGGGCAAUGCCCGGAACGAUGGUCGGUUUUCGGACGGGGCUGACUACACUAAUGGAAACGAAUGAGAUCAGCAAUUCAGCUACCUCACCGUUGGCAUCCGAGCUCAAGGUAAUGGAUCUGUGCAUCAAACAAGAACAGCAGCAAUUGUCGGCAACUGCGAGAAAUCAAAUCGAGCACAUGAUCGCUACCAACAGUGGUUUGGGUAGUUUGAACGAAGUAAAUCAAAUAAAGGCUCAACUCAACGUGGAGGGAAUGUUGAACGCUGCCGUGCAACAGGGUUCGUUGGAGAAGCAAGCUCUCGAAUCGACGAUCGCUUCCAUGGUCAGUGGUCAACAGCAGCCUGGAUUGCUGGAAAUUAACUCACUGACCGGGACCGGAGGAAGUUCACACUCGCCAAUACUCCAUGCAGAUGUUUCUAAUGCAGCAAGCGGUCACUCGCCUCUUUCCCAGGAUGUGAUGCUAAAUUCACAGAGUACAAUAACCGUCCCCUCGCCAGGAAACAUAGUACUUUCGCCAGCAUCCACGACAUCCGCUGAAGUCAGUCCCCAUCCACAUGCCUCCAUCUCCCCGGAGAUAAUACUGAAUCCUACGGUUUCUCCCACGUCAAUGAUUUGCUCACCUUCCAAUGCGACGGUGGCCGCUACCGCAGCAGCUGCCGUUGCUGCAGCGGCUGCCGUUUCCGAAGGUGCCGGUCUACUAACGAAUCAAGUAUUCAACAACAUGGCAGCAGUGGCGGCCAACAUGAUCGAAACGCAGCCAAAGGAAACCACGCAAGCCGUCCAGGAGAUCAUUCUGAACGCGGCAGCCGAAAUCCUCACAUCCCAGGAACCCUCCGUGACCACCCAAUCCACGAUCAACGCGUUGAUCUCAAUGAACGCCCAGGAAAUGAUGACUACCUCAUGUCAGCCACAGCCACCGGCCAUUCUGAACCAACCGAAUCUUCUACCUCAGUGCCAACCCUCCCCGAUGGCUACGAAUGCCCUGACGAAUGCACUCCAACAGCAGCAACAUAUGGUGCAAACACUGAUCAACGAAAGUAUCCAACAUCAGCAUCAUCAACAGCAGCAACAGCAGGCAGCCGAAUCUCUUAUGCUCAACCUAGCAGCGACUCAUCAGAAUCUACACACAUCACCCGUUCCGGAGCAGAUGGAAAUCGGAAAUCCGAUCAUACAAUCGCCCGCCAACAGUCAACCGCCGCAACAACCGAUGGACACGACGGCACCACUUUCGACCUCUGCCGCAUUAUCGCCGCAACAACCACAACAGCAACAAACCUCGCCCCAGCAGCACCUUUCAGCGUCAGUUUCUACGGAUCCACCGCAGAUGACGGUCGGUGAUCAGCACCGACAACAACAACAACAGCAACAACAACAGCAGCAGCAACAACAACAACAUGCAGCAGCUGUAGCCGCAGCAGCUAACAUACCUCAGGAGUUGACCAUCAUGUCGGACAACGAUCUCAUCAGUUAUAUCAACCCGAGUGCAUUUGAUGCAGUUUAAUACGUGGUAGUUUAAGACGAAAAAACAGUUCAGCCCCGCCUUCUAGACAAAAAAAAGAAAAAAAGUCCUAGUGUGUGCAAAUACCGUGUGCGGCCCUCGACACCCGAAACAAAUCCAGUUGGACCACGCCCCACGCUAGUUGUUACAGUCAGUCGCUCCUCGCGAGUGAAUUGUUUUCUAUGUUUUCCGACGAACUCGAGCGUAGAGUGAUCUCGAAAAAAAAUUAGCUAACCGAAUCCAAUUUCCGAAAACAAAAAAAAAAACGCACGCACACACAAUUUGUCACGGAGAAACCGUUUUAAGCUAACGUUUCGUUAUUGUUCAUUGUACUGUACUAAUAUUGUAGUAUCGUUUAGGUUUUUUUUCUACAUUCAAAGAAUGUGAGCAAAUUCGCUCGUAUCUAUUUAUAAAAAUCUAUAUGCUUCUCCCGUUAACACCGAACCGCAAAAAAUGUGUACCGCUCUUAACUCAGAAUCAAUAUUUACAAUAAUAUAAAAGUAAUUUUUUUAAAGCUUUGUCUCGGUGUGUCUUUUUUGCAUAUCGCAUUCAUAAAGAAAAAAAAAAACAAACAAACACGAUUCAAGCCACGUUCAGCCGCUCAUAACCUCAAUCGCGGCGAAGUGUCCGGUGUGUCCGUUCCGGGUUGAAAACCCACUGUUGUAUGAAGUCCAUUCAAAGUUACAAAAUUUUAGCCUUAUAACAGUGUCUAAACGAAAACAGAAAUUUUAAACUUAUGAAUGUUUACAAAUAAAAAUUUUACUAGGCGAUUUUUCCCUAUAUCAGACAAGAAACGAGUAACUACACACACAGAGCGUUGCUCGAGACUGAGGUCGAACAAAAGAAAAAAAAACAUAAAAAGAAGUUAAACGGGGACAAACAAUUAUUAGUACGCUAUUAAUAACCCACACCACAGACUGCCAUACAGAGUUUUAGGGAAAGUAACAUAUACAAUUAAGCAACGAAUAUAGAUGUUCUUAAAGCUACAAUUACAACGUAAACGAAACAAAUGAUUAAAUAAGGUUCCGAUCCUUGCUUUACCUAGCUGGCUGACUUCGAGAGCCACCCGGAAACGAAUCUUUUUUUUUUUCGUGCAGCAUAAUAAUGAAUGAUAUUACAGAAAGGAUAGGAAAAAUGAUAUGUUUUUGCAAGCGUUCAAGAUUUCAUUUUUAUUAGUAAAUUCGAUUUAGUGGAAACAAAAUUUGUACACCCAGUUCACGUAUAAGUUUAGUAACGUAACUGUCUUCGACACAGGAAAACAAGAACAGAACCUAAAACGAGCUAGGAAAAAUUCUACGGUUUUGAACCGCUUUGAACGCGUGAAAAAUAAAGGGGGGGAACACAUACACACCGAUUGGGAAAUUUAACUCUUUAUAGUAAUCGUUUUUUACUAUUGGAAUAUUUCUAUAUUGAUGUACCUCAAGAGAUUGGAAGAAAUAAUAAAUUCUAUCUGUUUUGUGUUA